AUGCAAAACUCUGUUUAUUUUGAACAAACCGGGUCAUUUGCGUCCAGUAAUGACAAUAUUGUGUCGAGUACCACGAAUACCCACAAUAUUUCUCCUAGUCAUCGUUCUAGUUUGAAUCUGAACAAUUCUGCCCUUGCCCACGAUGCGUCCGGUAGGGGAAGCGGCAGUGGAGAUUUGUAUUUGAAUGACACAAAUUCACCUUUAGCGAUAUCCUCUAUGCUAAAUACACUUGCCCUUGGCAAUAACAUCAUGCCACAGGACAUGGCAAGUAACAACAGUAACAUUAAUAACAAUGACACUAUUCAGGGCAGUUACUGCUUACAACUAUCCAACAUACCUAGGGAUAUAACCAUUAGAGAGUGUUAUGCAAUUUUCGCCCUUGCGGAAGGUGUGAAAAGUAUAGAAUUACAAGCAAGAAAUCCUUCAUCAAGCCUUGUUAACGCUUCUCUGGAAGACGAAAACGAUGUGUGCAUAAUUGCGAAGUUUGAAUUGUUAAAUCUAGCGAUUAAUUAUGCUGUUAUUUUGAAUUCCAAAGAUGAGCUUUUUGGACCUAGUUUUCCUAAUAAGACUACCGUAGAGAUAAUAGACGAGACAACAAAAAACUUAAUAUCGUUCCCGUCAUCUAAUAUUUUCAGCGAAAACUCUAAAUUGAAUAAUCCAAACUCGGCCAUAAAAAGGCCAAGUUUAUUAUCCCAAAGGUCAAGAUUUUCGUUCAGUGAUCCAUUCUCCAAUGAUUCUCCUCUAACUCCACAACAGUCACAACAACAACAACAACAACAACAACAACAACAACAACAACAGCAACAGCAACAGCAACAGCAACAACAGCAACAGCAACAGCAACAGCAACAACAGCAACAGCAACAGCAACAGCAACAGCAACAACAACAACAGCAACAGCAACAGCAACAGCAACAACAACAACAACAACAGCAACAACAACAGCAGCAGGAAACGCAGCAACAACAACAACAACAACAUCAUCAACAUCAACAACCGUCUCAGAAACAUUCACCACAACAAUCUAACCAACAACAAGUGAAUUCUUCAGUACCGUUACCUUCACAAGGUCAAGCUGUUGGGUUACACUCUAAUCAAUCGCACCAAGAUUUGUCCGUUGAACCAUCUGACAUUGGCCAAUCUUUCCUCUUGAGGGAUAAUACUGAAAUUAACGAAAAAAUAUGGGGCACGAGCGGUAUACCUUCCAGCAUUAAUGGCUAUAUGAGUACUCCCCAACCUUCUACACCUACUUUAGAAUGGGGAAACACUUCAGUGUCUCAACACGGUUCUUCAUUCUUUUUGCCUUCUGCCGCAUCAACAGCUACGGUACCUGUCAAUAACGGUACAAAUGCCAAUGCUAUUUCCAAUAAUGUAACUACCAACAGCGCAAACACCUCCACCACACUUUCCAACAACUCUCAACAACCGAUGAUGCAAAUGGGUAAUGCAAUGAACGCUUCCAUUUCAUCUUCGAAUUCAAUGCCCCCAUACGGUUUGAUGUCUUCUCAAACACAACAUAUGUCAAAUAUGGUUAACACUUCUGAUAUGAAUAUCACGCCACAAAAGCAAAACAGAUUCAUGCAACAACCUCAGCCAGAGCACAUGUAUCCGGUGAAUCAAAGUGGUACCCCUCAAAAAGUUCCUCCAGCAAGACUAAGUUCAAGCAGAAAUUCACAUAAAAAUAAUUCCACUACCUCAUUAUCUUCUAAUAUUACAGGGUCUGCUUCGAUCUCUCAGGCUGAUUUAUCACUAUUGGCGAGAAUUCCACCACCUGCCAACCCCGCUGAUCAAAACCCACCCUGUAAUACCCUUUAUGUCGGGAAUUUACCAUCAGACGCUACUGAACAAGAACUAAGACAGUUAUUUUCUGGACAGGAAGGUUUCAGACGGUUGUCAUUCAGAAACAAAAAUACCACAUCUAAUGGUCAUAGCCAUGGCCCAAUGUGUUUUGUUGAAUUCGAUGAUGUUAGCUUUGCGACGAGAGCAUUAGCCGAAUUGUAUGGUAGACAAUUACCUCGUUCUACAGUAAGUAGUAAAGGAGGUAUAAGAUUAAGCUUUUCAAAGAACCCACUGGGUGUUAGAGGGCCAAAUAGCAGGAGAGGAGGCACUAAUAACCCAAAUCCUAAUGUAAAUAUGAUUUCAAACUACAAUUCUGAUGUCGGCCAUAUAAAGAACUAA